AUGGUUCGUUACGUGCCCCGUUUGGCAGAUGGUCAGAAAGUGAAGUUGGCCUGGCCGCUGGCUCUGUUCCGAUUGAAUCAUAUAUUUUGGCCCUUGGAUCCGAGUACGGGAAAGUGGGCACGGUAUCUGGAUAAAUUUCUAGCCGUCCUGGGCUGCUUGAUUUUUAUGCAGCACAACGACGCGGAAUUGAGAUAUCUGCGCAUUGAAGCAAGGAAUCGGAAUUUGGACGACUUUCUCACUGGAAUGCCAACAUAUUUGAUCUUAGUGGAAGCACAAUUCCGAAGUCUGCAUAUUCUAUUGCACUUCGAGGAGCUUCGAAAGUUCCUUCAGAUAUUCUACGCCAAUAUUUAUAUUGAUCCACGAAGGGAACCGGAAAUGUUUAAAAAGGUUGAUGGACAAAUGAUUAUAAAUCGAUUGGUUUCUGCAAUGUAUGGUGCCGUAAUAUCCGGUUACUUAAUCGCUCCCGUAUUUUCAAUCAUCAACCAAAGUAAGGAUUUUCUGUACUCCAUGAUAUUUCCAUUUGACUCGGAUCCCUUGCAUAUUUUUGUGCCCCUGCUUCUCAGUAAUGUUUGGGUUGGCAUCAUCAUAGAUUCCAUGAUGUUUGGAGAGACAAGUUUGUUGUGUGAGUUGAUUGUGCAUCUAAAUGGAAGUUAUUUGCUACUCAAAAGGGACUUGGAGAUGGCCAUUCAAAAGAUCUUGGUCGCGAGGGACCGUCCUCAAAUGGCCAAACAAGUUAAGGAACAAAUUAUCAUAACUAUUAGGAAGAAUGUGGCCUUAAAUCAAUUUGGGCAGCAGUUGGAAGCUCAGUAUACUGUGAGGGUGUUUAUUAUGUUCGCCUUUGCUGCAGGAUUAUUGUGUGCCCUUUCUUUUAAGGCUUAUACGAAUCCCAUGGCGAAUUAUAUCUAUGCAAUUUGGUUUGGUGCCAAAACAGUUGAACUUCUUUCAUUAGGACAACUUGGUUCCAAUUUGGCUUUUACUACGGAUUCCCUUAGCUCGAUGUACUAUUUAACCCACUGGGAGGAAAUCCUACAGCACUCUACGAAUCCCAGGGAAAAUCUGCGAUUGCUUAAACUCAUAAAUUUGGCCAUUGCGAUGAAUAGCAAGCCCUUUUAUGUGACGGGACUGAAAUACUUUCGUGUUAGUCUGCAGGCUGGCUUGAAAAUUCUGCAGGCAUCGUUCUCGUACUUCACAUUUCUCACCUCGAUGCAGAGGCGACAAAUGAGCAAUUAA